UGACUCAGGAUGCACAAUGGACUGAAAUUACUUUAAAUACGUUGGCUCAAUACGAAUUUAUAUUCAACAAACUUGUAUAAAAGUUUAAAACAGAUGCGAGACUUUAAAUCUUGAACCCAGCCAAGAAUACAACAAUGUACCAGUCUCGUUCUUCGCGGCUGAUGGUCCUUCUAUCAACACUCAAACUUCUUAGUUGCAUUGCUUCCACAGAUUUACAAGUUAAUAACAAACUACCUACGUUAAACUUAAAAUAUGCUAUGGAGAUCCUGCUUCAACAACAUAAAUAUCCUUGCUCCUACUCUUGGGCGGCGACUGGAAAGGUCCAGAGGCUUAAGACGCUUGAAAAUAUAACGAAUAAAGUCAAAACUUUAUUAUUUUCAUCUUUUUUGAUGUACAAAAACAAGACUUAUGCUAUCUCCAAGUUUUCUCACAAAGAUUCAGUUGAAGCCAUGACAUACUGCCAGGCUUUCGGCGGCUACCUGGCGGAAGUGGAUGACUACUACGAGUUCAAGGCGCUUAAGGAUUUUUUUAUGAGCUCGUCUGUUGAAGAAAUGGCGCUGAUAGCUGGAUCUGACGCUGUGAUAGAAGGAUCUUGGACAUUUCAGCGCACAGGUGUGGCUGUACCUUAUACGAGUUGGUACCCAAGAGAACCAAAUAACCAGAACGGAAUUGAACAUUGUUUGUGUUUAUGGAGACUCUUUGAUGGCAAAAUGAACGACGAAACCUGUGGUUUCAAAAAUGUGAAAGCAAGAUUUAUGUGUGAACUUCCUGGUUCCAACUAAUUGACCUCAUUCACCAAAACGAACUGUCACGUGAUAAUAUUGAUAAGACAAUGGGGGAAAAAAACUGUCACGUGAUAACCAUCGUUGAUUAAAAUAAGAUCGUAAUUUGUAUAGAAGAGAGAAAUUCACGUGGCCUAAUGUUGUUUGUUUUCCAUUGGUGAAUGAGGUCCAUUGACCGACUACAGAACAUAUAACAAAUCUUUCUUUUUUUAAAACAUUUAUUACAAAUGGAUAACUCUGCCUCUUCUUUCUGGCCAGCUUUUUGCUGAUGAAAUUUAGGUUGUUUUUGUUUUUUUUUGCUUUUUUGCAUUCUGUGUCGAAAAAAUUUAGCAUUAUGUUGUUUUGUUUUGUUUUUUUAAGCUAUUCUGAACUGCCAUAUUGAGUUUUGAUUUUGCAUGAUUCUUCCUAUAGUUCAAUUAAAUUGAGGCAUUCGAAGAUGGUAUAGUUGGCAGUUUCAUAAAGAUGGUCGAGUAGUCUACACACAAACACAUAGGGUCUAUUAGAAUGUUUCUGUAGUGAUGAAAUUCGUCAUUCUAUAAUGAUUAUCUUCAUUAAAGUUGUCAACUCUCUUGGAUCGGAAGAGGUGUUACUAGUCAAAGCUUGAACAAUAGAUUGUGAGUAUGUAAAGACAAUUAUAGUUGUUGGUGAAUGUCUAACAUAGGAUUUUUUUCUACUAUCUGUAGUUUUGAUUGUAUUGCUUAAAUUUCGACCUAUCAAUUUAAGCAAAUGAUAAACUACAUUUUAGGGGACAUAAUGUUAAGAAAUCAGACUAUGUUCUUAAUUAAAGAUUUCAA